AUGGCCGUACGGAUUCACGUGCCGGAGGCCACCGAGGAGGACACGAACACCGAUCCUCCAGUGCAAGCAGCGGCGCCGACCGCCGCUACCACAACCAACGCGGAGGGGGCAGACUACAAGAAACCACCAGAUGCGAUGGCCCCCUUUGUUUGCUACGCCUCAGCAGGCAUGGUGACUGGGAGCCCGACCGAAGAGACGCAGCAGGCUCUCGCGGCGGAGAUGACCACCACCCAGGAGGCCAUCAUGCAGGGCAAGUGCGUCCUUGACAGCGGCGCCACUCGAAGCUUGGGCUCAGCGCAGGCCAUCGAACAGGUCAUGCGCCUCAGUGCCGAUGCUGUGGCUAACAUUGAUGUCAAGGCCCAAGGACAAGAUGGCACUCUGAAAGUGCAUGCGCUAUCCGGUGGAGAAGGUCGCAUCAUCCAGCUGGAGCAGACCACCUCGGGCCACCAGGUGUUCCCGCUCACACAAGAUUUCUACACGAAUUCCACGAAGUCGAGCCAGGAGGUGCCCAGCUUGAAGGCCUAUGUACAGAAUGCCCCAGAAAAGGGCAAGGAGACGGAGAGUCAGCUAUCCGGAACCGGGGUUUACACAGCUGAAUCGAGCUGUGAGGGGAGUGAUGUUAGCGAUUCAGGUGAAUCUGAGCAGCUAAGCACAAGUCACGUGGAUGCGGCUUUGAUCUCGAGCACUCCAGCUGUUGAACGUGAGUUGCGCCUGGCCUUGCGUCAGGUUGGAGAAGAUCCACCAGCUCGGUGGACGAAGCCAGAACUUCGCCUUCGGCUCGAACAGGUCACUGGCGAGGACAUGUCCAAGAAGGUCAAGAAGGAGACUGUGGAGCGGUCCCCUUACGAGGAUCUCGUGAAGCGGAUGAACGCGGCAUCCCGCCGCAAGCAGGAACUCAUCGACUUCUGCCACAAGGAGCUCCGUAUGAGCAACCUGGAACGAAUGACCAUUGCGAUGAUCCAGCAUGCCGCCAUGUACAAGAUCUACGAGAUGGCACCAGCGCAUCCUUCAGACAUUGUCGGGUUCGGAACUCAUGGCCGCCUGACGUACCGCGCCCUGCGCCAACAGGAGCCAGGCUAUGCAAAGUGGGUCAAGGAGACAGCCCGCAAAGACGAGGGCAAGAAUCACUCGGAUCCACGCUUGAUCCGAUUGGCACGCUGGCUGGAGAACGAGGGCGACGAGGAGAUGGUCCCGGAGACCAAGAAGAUCGACUACAAGAACCUGGCGAUCACCAAGGCCAAGAGCAAAGCCCGGGGCAGCCGGGACGGGCAUGCCACUACGGAGGCGACGUCGAGCAAUCCAGAGGACAUGGCCCUGGACUUGAUGAAGAAUAUGUGCCAGGCCAUCGAGGAUCUCAAGAACGAGGUGGCGGUGCUCAAACAAGAGCCUCGUCGCAAGACGCACUCCAAGGAGGAGGACCAGUACGAUCCGACGAGCACCGGG